AUGGACCCGAACGUGGAUGAGGAGCUGCAGGAGCAGCUGCGGCAGAGCAGUGCCCGCUUCAUGGCCUCCAUGAGUCGCAUCCUGGAGCGGUAUAAUCAUCCUUUUGAAGAUGAUUACCUUGUUUCCAUGGAAACUCUCACUUAUGAUACACCUAACGGACCAAAAAAAUGGGGGAAUGUGUCAACCAAGAAUAUUAAAAAAUGGAGAAGGGAAAUACUUGAGCAUAAUAGAAGAAGUCAAAGGAAUGCAGAUGAAACAAGUGAUGUCGAAAUGGUUUCAGUAAGAAGAAAAUUUGAAGAUGUUCACCUCCAGAAUCUGAAUGUAGACGAUGGAAAAAUUCAAGACAAAGUCAAAGUUCCAGUGGAUGUGAUAGUACAAGACGAUGCUAGAAAAAUUCCCAAAUGGAUUGAGGUAACACCUCAAUGUUUGCCGAAAAGUUUUCAUUUAACUUCGCCUGUGCAAGAACUGAUUGGCAAUCAAGCUGCUGUUUGCAGGAGGACACUGGAGUUGUCAGAGGAAUGUUCUUCAUCCAGAUUUCCACAGUUGCAGUACCCUGGUUUUCCUGUUCCAUCAAAUAGCAACACAACAUCCACGCUCCAGCUUUCUACAGAACUGAAUACAACUUGCUGUGACAGUAUGUUUGAAGAAUGCCAGUCUGCCUGCGGGGGGUGGUCCUUGAGCAAUAAAACUCUUGCAGACUUGUAUCCAGUGUUGUUGGAGACAUUCACAAAGCUCAUGACAAAGCACUCUCAGAGAAAAGUAUUAAAAUACAUAUUUGGGUGCUUAAGGUCCAAAAGAUGUCAUUCUAAAAGACCAAAGAUCAAUGUCACUGCAGACAAAAUAAGAGGGUUCAGACCUUUUAAACUAAAGAAAGGACUACACAGCAUAUGCAGCAGUAGAAGUGAAGACAAUCAGAAUCCAACCUUCGGAAAUGAGAGCAGAGAAUUUUGUUAUGACAAUUGUCUUAUUAAUAAUUCAUCUGCUCUGGUACCUUAUACUGAUGCAAAUGAAUUCAAAAUGGACUACUCUGACUCAAGUGUAGAACAUCACGUGAUAUCUGGAAAAGGCCAAAAAGUCUCCACACAGACUGUUUUUCCUACUGUUAUGGCUAAAAUGGGAGAGACAUUUCUAGCUGAAGAUGAGUUGCAGACCACAGCCUCACUGAAGAGUUCAGAAUGCAAAGAAAGUGAAAACUUGGCUUACAGAUCUUCUUCAGAAUACAGUUUUGUAACACCUAUUGCUGGUUCAGACUCAACAGUACUUCAUCUUGUAAAAGAGAGUAAGACUCAGAAAACUGACUUUUCUUGUGCUACCUUGGACUUGUGUUCGUCUGCUUGCAGUUCCUAUGGCAAUAAUAACACUUCUUCACCUGUCACAAGCUAUUCUUCUGAGAGAGCAUCUAAUACUUUGCUUAUAAAUCCUGAAAAAAUAAUUUCUGAAGGACAAUUUUCUUUCCAGCGCAAACAUUCAUAUUCCUCAUCGUUUAUGAAGCAGAGUCCUUCAAAGAUGCCCCAGAAAUACGAAGAUGCAUUUGAAAAACUCUACUACAAAGUGUGUUCUGAAGAAAUCCAAAAGUCUUUGGUAUUGAGACGACCUCUUUCAAAUUCACAGAACCUUGAAGAGAAAGGAAGAUUAGUGAAAAGUAAUCUAAGUGAUUUUGUGAGGCCCAGAACACAGUACGAUAGAGAAUUUGACAGGAUCUAUGAGCAGCUGUGUAGUGAGCCUCUUCCAAAACUUCCUGGGUUUCAGAGAGCUUCAAAUUUAAGGAAAUAUGAAGGAAUAAAGAUGUCUGAAACUGUAAAUGCUCUUGUUAACUCACCUGUUCGCACUUUAUCUGCAAUUCCCAGAGUUAAAAGAUUAGGAAAUUUUCAAAACGAUCUUCCUUGUUCACCAGUAAAGCGACUGAAACACAUACCAGAACGUUAUUUCUUUUCAACAAAAUGUCAAGAGACUUCUCACAGAAAAAAGCUUAAUCUUCAGACAGUUGGCAUGGAUUUUUUGAGCACAUACAAUGGCAGCAACCCCGGCUCUUUUGAAGAUCACAACUGUCAGAGUCAGGUACUUAAGGACCUUCAUCAAUGUUAUCUGUUGAUGCUUUAUUUUCAGCACUCAGGAUUUCGUGAUUCUUCAGAUAAAACUUCUCUUGAUAUUCCUGGUACUUCCCUGCAAGAAGCUGGGAUUGACUAUGCCCACUCUGGUUGGCCCAGGACAGUGACGGUUUGCAGCUCUCCCAGAAACGUGCAGAUGUUUCACCAAAGGGUAUACAGAAAACUAAGCUACACUGAUGGAAAAGACCAAAAUCCUAGCACUCCCUUUGACUUCCAGGGCAAAACUCAUCAAGGAGCAUUCGUAGACUGCUAAAGAUACAACAUAGUUUUAUAAAUGUUGUGCUUUACCUGGCUUUCUUUCUUCUUCCAAGAAUCAAGGAUGUUUGUAAUACACAACUAAUUCUUAUCUAUACUUCCUUGCACUAUAAUUCUUCAAGGAACGGGUUUGUCCCUUUUGACAGGGAUUUCUUUCUCAAUUUAUGGCUAAGUUGGAAUUGUGUAUUUAAGUGCUUAUAAUAACGGAAUGUUAUCUAUAUUAUCUUUUAUCUGCUAAUUAGAUUUGAUUCUUAAUGAGUUAAUAAUAAGGAACACACUCAUUCACCUAAAUUCCUGCCUAUUCAUGCUUUCUCUG